GUACCAUGAUACUUUCUGUUUUGUCGAGCCCGGCUUUGGUCUCUGGUUUGAUGGUUGUACGUGCUAAAAAUCCGGUACAUUCCGUUUUGUUUCCCAUCCCAGUCUUUCGCAACACUUCAGGUUUACUUCUUUUGUUAGGUCUCGAUUUUUCCGCCAUGAUCUUCCCAGUAGUUUAUAUAGGAGCUAUAGCCGUUUCAUUCCUAUUCGUUGUUAUGAUGUUCCAUAUUCAAAUAGCGGAGAUUCACGAAGAAGUAUUGCGCUAUUUACCAGUGAGUGGUAUUAUUGGACUGAUCUUUUGGUGGGAAAUGUUCUUCAUUUUAGAUAAUGAAACCAUUCCAUUACUACCAACCCAAAGAAAUACGACCUCUCUGAGAUAUACGGUUUAUGCCGGAAAGGUACGAAGUUGGACUAAUUUGGAAACAUUGGGCAAUUUACUUUAUACUUACUAUUUUGUCUGGUUUUUGGUUUCUAGUCUUAUUUUAUUAGUAGCCAUGAUUGGGGCUAUAGUACUGACUAUGCAUAGGACUACUAAGGUGAAAAGACAGGAUGUAUUCCGACGAAAUGCUAUUGAUUCUAGAAGGACUAUAAUGAAGAGGACGACAGACCCACUCACGAUCUACUAAAGGUAUCGGAGAUUGAUUGGUUCGAAUCCAAUCCGUGAGAUGGCAGUGAUCUUUAGCCGGUCAUGGCCAUUAAACCUUUUUAAGUGAACUAUAGAGUAAGGCUUUUCUGAGUCCCUUCGCCUAGCGGAAACCCCUGCUUUUCGGCCGUAAUCCCGUGCCAAGGCAUUCAAUGGUAAUGGAUUAUACCCUGAACCGGGAGCGGGCGAAGACAUGCAGCUUUCAUUUUCAAGGUACACAGUCACGUGCUGAGCAAAGAGGUAUAUAUCAUACUCAUUUAUACGCGCAAGGUGCGGCAUCAGCCGGAACGCGGAGAGGAUUUCCCUCAAACAAAGAUGGGCGUGUCAGGAAACAAUGUGAAGUCACCCCGUCCAGGGAGCUGUUGACUAAUGACCUAAAAAAUGCGUGACGUUUGGGAAGCAUGAGCCCCGUACCGACUCAUUGGGAUCCUAAGCAUACAGACCCAAGGGAUGGUUUUCAUACCGUCCACUGUCGUCACUUCAACUUGGCAUUGGACUCAAGCCGGCCUCUAGUGAUUGACUAUCGAACCUUCAGGUCCCCACACUGAGGUUAUACGCCAAAGAUAGAAGACUCUGCUUGCGCAGCUUGGAUACUUUUUCAAGGUAGGUAAGCGGGUGAACUCCCUCGUCCCUGGACCUAGACAGGUAAUGUAUCGUGCCAAAAUCAAUGAUAGCCCCAGCUCUACCUGCAGGUCCAGAGAUUUCCCCACAAGGCAAAGGACCGCCCGCAUGGGAUGCGUACCGUUGUUACGAUUGGCCGUUCGAAGUCUUAUCCGGUACAACUAAUAAGAACCACCAGGCAACGUGAAUCUCACUCUAUCAUAAACAAAAAGCUGUUAAGCGAAACCUCACGUCCCCUCCGCAGAAAGGAAAGGAAAAGUUUAUCCGCUCAUAAUGAUUGUAGAGUAUUUUCGGGUUGGAGGUCUAAUAGUAGUCACAUCAAGUCCCCCCCCUCUUACUCAGGGAGGAAUACUUAACAUUAUCCAUGAAAGAAAGCUUUGAAGAAUGCAAUUUUUUCAUGGGUAAGAAGGAUAGAGAGCCUCCGCCUGCGUUUUCAGAUAUGAGUGAGUGAGCGCUUUUUCUGCUAUGAAUGAAUGACCUCUCUAUUUCUUUUCAAGCUUGCUCUUCGGCCUAUCGCUUUCUUCUAUGAAAAGGUUCUUCCGUAAUCACUACAUCCAUUCUUCUUUCAUUCCUAUGAAAAGAGAACUAGACCUUUCUUUUCAUCAUUCAAAUCUGUCAUUCAAUCGCAGUGCGGUGCUCUCAAAAAGCUCAACCUCCUUUCGUAAAAACUUCCCUGGUAUGCCCUUCCCGAAGAAUAGAAUCUCAAUCUCUCUUAAGCCCUCUCCACGAAAGCUUGAC